GCUGUGCUAGUGGAAUAUAUAUUAAAGUGACAUCACGCCCAGUCUAUGUUAUCAUGUCUAUGGAUAAAAGAAAUUAAACAUAACCCAAGUUUUGAAAUUGACAUUGGGACCAUUGGGAGUUAUUUGAAGAAAAUCUUGAAAAUUAAUCAUUGAAAAUGAGCAAAUGAUAGAAAUAUAUAAAUCUAAUUGUUCAUCUCCAGAGAAAAGAUGGGCUUGUUAACGGAUCCCAGCACGGGCCAAGGAAAAUUUGUUAAACUGCUUCUAAAAUACUACAAUAAGUUAUGUUUGGUGAUGUACCUUUCCGGGAUAGUAUGGUUCUGCGCUUUGGCAGAUCCAUCAAAAAAUGCAAGUACCUAUUUUUCUGAAAAUGCUCUUCUACCUGGUCUAGUGAAAUCACAGUUUCGCGAAGAUAGAUUAGCCGUUAGAUUCCAUGAGGAACUGCUGGACGAAAUGAAAAAGUAUGAUGAUUCCAUCCCAUACCCUUAUUUGUUAGCAAAAUUUAGGCAAAUUGGACUGGACACAUACACACACAAUUUUACACUUGUCUCUCCAUUGAACAAAAAAGAGAAAUAUAGUGGAAAAAAUGUGUAUGGCAUUUUGAGGGCCGCAAGAGGUUCCAGUACUGAAGCAUUAGUACUGAGUGUACCUUUCAGGCCUCCAGUGAGUGUUCAUCCGACUACAGCACCUUCUAUUGCAAUUAUGAUGGCUUUUGCAAAGUAUGCCAAUAACUAUUAUUUUGAAAAAUAUUGGGCAAAGGAUAUAAUAUUUCUAAUCACCGAACAUGAACAACUGGGAAUUCAAGCCUGGCUGGAAGCAUAUCAUGGGGUUACUUGUGGAAACGAGGACACAUUGUAUCAUGGAGACUUGCGAGGUAGAGCAGGAGCUAUUCAAGCUGCUAUAAAUUUGGAACUGCACAGUGAGAGAAUUGGCCAAAUGGACAUAAAAAUAGAGGGCCUUAAUGGUCAGCUACCAAAUUUGGAUUUGUUUAACUUAGCUUCAAAGAUGUGUGCCAAAGAAGGCCUGUAUCACACAUUCAAAAAUAGAGGACCCAAGUAUUACAGGGAUUUUUUCAAGGAAUGGUGGAAUUAUUUUAAGAAUCUAUUGGCGAUGAUGGCUACCCAAGCUACCGGGAUACCAAAUGGUAACCACGGACUUUUUCAUCGGUUCGGAAUUCAAGCGUUGACCUUGGAAGGAUUUGAAGAUUCUAAUGCGAAGGGUAGCAGUAAGGUUGGAAUGAUGAGUAUUGGAAGGAUUUUAGAAGGCACUUUUCGAAGCUUGAAUAAUCUCUUGGAACGGACGUACAGGCACCGCUCUCAGGAUAUCUGCAAUGAUUCUACAGCGAGUCCUAAUGAUUCUGCAGCAAGUUCUACAGCAAAUUCUAAUGAUACUACUGCAAAUUCCAAUGGUUCUAUAGCAAAUUCUAAUGAUUCAUCAUUAGAUAAAAUCAUAAUGGUAUUUUUAUCAACACAUUUGCUUGGAGUAAUACUUUCAAAUUUGCCUCAGUAUAUACCAACCGUAGCCGAACUCUAUGACUACAACACAAACUCUUCAAUUUUUUAUGGUCUUUUAGCAUAUUUGAUAUUGACUUUAUCAAUGCCAAUGUUCGUUUCGUUUCGAAAUUGCAUAAAAGGUAUGGAACAGUUGAAUAUCCUUGCAAUGUUGGAACUAGGAACAGUCUUGAUUUGCAUUUCCAUGAACAACUUUUCACUGGGACUUUUUUGUUCCAUACUCAGCGUUCCAUUAGCCCUUUGCAUUGGAGCAACAUCUUGUAGUCCGUGUUCUUUCUUCCAACGCCUCUUUUGGCUUUUCGUUCAUCCUAUGUCGGUACUCUCCUUGGUAGUUCUAGUCAAUACUUACCUUCUAUUCUCCGACGAACAGCCAAAAGAAAUCCUCACCAGGAGCUGGGAUGCAACUCAGCAGUCUGUAAUUUAUGGUAUUGUGGAUUCUAUGAUCUAUGGAAAUUGGCUGUACAGCGUUGUAACUUGUAUUCUGAUUCCGAAUUGGCUGUGCUUUUGGAUUGUUACGUUUGGAAAUGGCGGAGAUUCCCAAGAAGUGUCAACCAAGGAGAAAAAAGACUGAGUAUCAGUUAAGAUUUUGACAUACACGAAAAUGUGAAUGAUUAGAUGCCAGUGCAUUUUUAGUAAUGUACAUUUAUUCAGUUCAAUUAUUACUUGUAAGUAUUCAAUAGUUGCAAAUACUUCUUUUCUUUAUAAAAAGUGUGAUCAAUAAAUGAUUCCAGCUUUCAA